AUGUGUUGUCUGUGUUCGACACUGAUCGUCUCCUACGACACAGUUGAUGGCGAAUCUAUUCGCAGUACGAGUCACGCCCUCUUGAGCCUUCGCUCGAACAGGAGUCCCGGAAGACCUGCUGAGUUUUGGAGCGACAUCGCAACCAACUUUCACCGUGCUGAUAUUGAGCUUAAAGAAGCACUAUACCAAGAGUCAUUGAACUGGGACCAAGUGACGACUCGUUUGGCUGAGGAAGCAGAGAUACAAUUGGAUCCAUCCCCGAGACAAUAUUUAAGUUGGCAGCUUGGUGUCAAUUUUAGACCCCUCGCUUCUAGGUGCGAAUGGCCGUCGGCCUUUGAGGCGCGUUAUAGCAGUCCAUCCCGGGCGCGACGGCCUGGUGAGAACAACUACAGUGAAAACCGAACACGGUGUUUAUGUCCGACCUAUAAUGAAAUUGACAGUCCUGCCCAUCAUAGAAGAGUCUGCGUCGGCGCCACCGACGAACCGGUCUUCAAUUUCGCCGUCACGAUUAGUCGAAAUCUGGCAAUGAUGACUGACACACUGGACUAUAGCAGAGUUGCCAUGUUGUCAUUAAAACUAUGUUUUCUAUGCGUUUUUUGCUUUACGGGAACGCUGUUGGUGAUUAUGAAUGUUUUGGAAAAAGAAAUUUGGAACAGUUUACGUGAAGAUGCCGGGCAAAUACAGUCCAUCCGAGUGGUUGAUAGCUCUCAGAUGCUAAAUGCAACAGUUGUGGCGAACGUGGCGGAAAGUUUUCUGGACACUACCGACCUUUCAAAAAGGCCUUGGUACAUGAAAGGUGGAAAGAGACAACCUGAUCCGGCUAUAAUAUCUCGACAUAGUGGAAGACGAUUAGCACGUCUUUGGCCCGAUGAAGAUCCCAAUGAUGACAGGCUUUUAAAUCAGCUGAUGUUCGUACCUCCGGAAUACCACAAAAUGAAUCCUGAAAUACCCUUAAAGAAAGUUUUUGUUCCCAGAGAGAUGAGUGAGGCCAAAGUUGGGCAAGAUAUUUUUAUAGAAGAGGGUUGCCCCGUUAGCUCAUGUACAAUAAUUCGUGAUAAUCCUGCCGAGGCUGACUUACGUUUAUUCAAAGCCUAUGUGGAUCCAAAGGAACAAAGACCUGUUAAUCAGGUAUGGGUGAUCUACAUUUUGGAAUCUCCCUAUUAUGCGAAGGGUCUCAAAAAUAUUGUAGUGAAUUGGACUGCAACUUAUCGCCGAGAUAGUGACAUAGUAGCGCCAUACAACAGAUGGCUCAAUUUUCAUCCUAGAGUUAGUAAAAUCCAACAGACUAUUAAUUAUGCUGCGAACAAGACGAGAAAGGUCGCCUGGUUUGUUUCUAAUUGCUAUGCUAAGAAUCAGAGGAUGCAGUAUGCCAAAGAUUUAUCAAAGUAUAUCCAAGUCGAUAUUUAUGGUAGAUGUGGCAGCUUAAGUUGUCCACGAUCUGAAGCUCAAGCUUGCUUCGACAUGCUGGAUGCUGAUUAUAAAUUCUACCUAUCAUUUGAAAAUUCAAAUUGUCGGGACUACAUAACAGAGAAGUUCUUUGUUAAUGGACUUGGGCACAACAUUCUUCCGAUAGUUAUGGGGGCGCAUCCAACAGAUUAUGUUAAAAUAGCACCAUAUCGAUCCUACAUUCAUGUGGAGGAGUUCCAGUCGCCCAAAGAGCUCGCCGAGUACCUCCAUCAACUGGACAAGGACGACGAGCUUUACAACUCCUACUUCAAAUGGAAAGGCACUGGGGAAUUUGUAAAUACCUACUUUUGGUGUCGGUUAUGCGCAAUGCUGCACGAUGAUCGGCCACCUAAGUAUUAUAAGGAUUUGAGCGAAUGGUGGGAUGGUGAUGGUGUGUGUAUUCGCGAUUCAUGGCGUGAAUACGGCGCUAAAGCAAGCGAUCUCAAAAACUGUUGA